AUACAAUAUGUCUCUCACUAAACAUACACUGUAUGCAAAAAUUCGAUGUUAGCAGUUAACAAAUACUGAUAAACAAACACUGACCGCAAAACAUCACAACUCAGGUUAAGAGAAGAAAAUCAAACAAGCACAGGGAACCGGAAGUUGACAGAGGUGUAUCGCCUCUUUUUGCGUGAAACUCUUUAAGCUCUUACCACUUCCGGAAAGUGUCACGCUGUCCUCCAUCGGCGCAUAUCUCAGUCCACAGAGGGUCACUCCAGGAAAAACUCCGGUCAAAUCAUGGUUUUCGAAGACAAAAUGAUCACGAACGGAGAACCAGAGGAGGAGGAGGAAGAGGAGGAAGAAGAGGAAAUGGUGGAUCCUCUAGAGACAGUGAGGCAGAAGUGUGAGGAGACGGAGCACUGUGCUCAUGCUCGCGAGCGGCUCGAGUCCUGCGAGACCAGGGUGAACUCGCGCUCACAAACAACAGAAGACUGUACGGAGGAGCUCUUCGACUUUCUGCAUGCCCGAGACCACUGUGUGGCCCACAAGGUGUUCCAGUCAAUCAAAUAAAUGAAGCAUCUCCGUGCUGUUUAUAAAUCAGUGUCUGCUUAUAGAAGUACAGCGCUCAGUUAUUUAUGUGAUUUUUGUCCCACAUUCAAUAAUUCACAGUAACCGAUCGGUUCUUUAAAUCGUCCAUUUUACCCAGUUGUGACUGACGUGGUAUUAACUGUGCUCUGUUUUCAUCUCUCAUAUGCAAUAACUCCUCAUAGAUGGUGACACAGUCUGUGUUUAUGCUGAUGUAAAAUAACAGAACACAAUAAAGAGAAAACAAGGAA